CGCUGCCGCGAUAAAGGUUUGAUUGAGAGCGUCUCUUCUUUUCUCUUCGCUGGAGACUCUUCAAAGCACUAGUGUUGUGGGCGUUGAACCGUUGUCCAAUCAGAAACCUUGUGUCCUCCCGACUUGAUACUGAGAGCCUGAGAUCGUGUUGACCCGCAACGUGUGUGUGAACCCGUACAUAAACCAACAAGAGAUGGCGAUGGUUGAUCUUUCUGACUGAUAUCUAUGCGGAAUACAUCCUUCAAGAAUACCUGAUAUUUUCAGACCUUUCUGACCCUGCGACGACCAUGGAGGCCUUCUUGGGCAAGAUCACCCAGCAGGCUAUGAACUAUGCUAUCAGAUCUGGUAUCUCUAUCACAGCUUCAUAUGCCAUCAGCCAGACGUCAAGACUUCUCAAGACCGUUGAGGACAAUGCCGAUUAUCAAGAGCUUCAUAGCCUACAGGAACGCCUUGACAGCAAGAUCAGAAUUGUCUCUCCGGCUAUUGAUAUGAUAGAGCUCAUCUCGGCAAGAGGCAAUACAACUUUAGAAUCAGCAGUCACACUGACCAAGGCUCUUCGUUGGGACAUCCAAUCUCUUGGUACUCGGCUUGAAAAGGCAGCCAGUGCCGAAGAGUCAUCAAGGAGAAAUAACAAAAGUGCCAAAUCCAAAGCAGCACAUACAGUCGAGAUCCGGCAGAUUGCCCAAGACAUUCGAAGACUCCUCAUACGUAUUGAAGAUGCGGUUCCUCUCAUCAACCUUGCUAUUACCACCUCAGGUGCCAAUCUGUCGACAACCCUUCCUGCUUCUGUAUCGCCCUCAAGAUUAUUGCAGGCUAGCACUUUUCUCACUGCGGGCGACACGAAGUAUUCAAUGAAUCCAAACGUAUCGGUUCAGGUUGGGCCAACCUUUACGCUAUCAGUGUAUAUGCUCUUCGCUGGUCACGUCUACAGAGCACAUGAUGAAACGGAUAGUAUGAGAGAUACGACUUGGAAAGAAGCGAUACACAAAGCGAGGGUGAAACUUGUCCGAACUCCCCUUCAUUCUGCAGUAGAGCCAGGGCGCUCGAAUACACCUGUUGUUCAAUCUAUUGAAGGCGUGCAAGAACCCUCAAUUCCAGGGGAAGGAAAGGCAAACGAAUUCGCAUACCAGCUUGAGAUAAUCGAAGAUUUCAAUGACGAUCGAGUCCAUUCAUUUGAUGAAGAUGGACCUCAGCCAGGACCCUACGAUGACGUCGAGCUUGCUGGCAUUCGAGAGUUUUUGCCAAUAUAUCAGAUUUCUAAAAUCUUUUAUGCAGAUACUGGAAAGAUACUAAAUAUCGGCAGCGCGGGCGAGACGAAUAAUCCCGUGCUACUCCUGAAGCGAGAUAUCAAUGCCCUUCCACCACGAAGAAUGAUGCGAGACGAUGAAACCAACUAUGAGUUGAAUGAGGAACCUGAAAUUGUUAAACCCUCCGAAGAAGAGGACGAGGAGGAUGAAUCUCAGGAUAUAAUUGAUCAGCAACUACAUCGAGAAAGCUCAGUUCAUGUAUACGACGAGGAAGCGGACGAGCCACACACCGAAUCCCCAGGAGCCUGGCAGUUUCCACCUAAUUUGGACCCAGAAUGGAUAGCUCUAGAAGUAUACACCGAAGCGGAAGAGGAAUCAAGCUCUGAUGAUGGACAAGACGGGCAAGACGUGAACGACGACUCUGCCUACUCAUCGCCCCGCCCAAGCUCAUCGGGAGAGGGUGACAGUCUUGUAGCCGGACUGGCUGAUCUGAAUAUCGAUCCGGAAUCAUCACCUCGUGCAUCAGCUUCAGGUAGUCAAGUCGCAAGCUCUGCCCCCUUGCACGCCUCUAUAUCCCCCAAAUCCUCACCGUUUGGUCCUAUCCGAUCCUCACUCUCUCUCCUCGAGAUGUUGAUCCGCCUAACCUCACUUCAACAAUUCCAGCAAGCAUCCCACCUCUCCAUCCCCGACGAGCUCCUCACAUUCUUCCUCGAAGAAUCAUCGACUACCGGUGCGGGAGGAAACGGCGAUGAACGUCGACGGGCGCGCCGCGAAGCACGGCAAAAAGUCGGCUUCGACCCUUAUGAUGAAAGCCCUGUGAAGAGACACGGCGAGGAUUAUCAAUACCAGAACCAAGAAGCAUACCGAGAGAGUUCCCGCGGAGGUACUCCAUACGACGACUACGACCAGGGCGGAUACCGUGUCGAAAGCCCUCGAUGGCAAAGACAGCGGAGCAUGACACCGCAGCGAACGCCCGAGCCUUGGUUCCCCCGGACUCGAGAACCUACUCCCGGUUCCUCGGCCCGAAUGACACCGAACGUACGGCCCUCUUCGCCGGUGUCCCCGUAUCGACCGCCUCCCAGAAAAGCAACGAGGCCUCUGGACCGUGUGAAGCAGGCCCGGGGCGUGAACGCUGCGAGUCCGCUUGGGAGGGGGAUAAGUGUUGAAACUGAUUCGACGCUGGGUACGAGCCCAGGGUCCCCGACGCUUGUCAAUAGCAAGGAUAAGGCGGAGGCGGUCUAAAUUGCAGUUUUCCAACAUGAAGAUGACGGUUAGAGAUAGGUAGUUAGAGAAUUAAACGAAUGAUACCCCU